AUGUCUAAAAUUAUCUUUCGGGUUCCUCUAACACAGGAAGAACAAUCAAAAUACGUGUCCCAGUUUGAAUCUUUAGAUACUGAUGACUUGGGUAUAGUUACUGGUGAAUCUCUGAAGCCUUUCUUCAGCAAAUCUGGGCUUUCUAGUCAUCAUCUUUUGCAAGUUUGGGCACUAGCGGACACCGAGAAACAGGGAUUUUUAAACCAGGCUCAAUUCAGUGCGGCUAUGCGUAUGAUAGCGCACUUACAGUCUAACCCGCAGCUUUCUAUUACAUCAGAGCUAUAUCAAACGCCAGCUCCGAGGAUAGCAGUUUUGGGCUCAUCUGUGACUCCACCUAUUGUAGGUAUGGCUACAGGAAACACACCCUCAAUACCUACGGUAUCUGCACACGAUUUUGUUAAAUUCAAUCAACUUUUCGAUAGAUCCUCUGAAGAUGGACGAAUUAUUUCUGGUACUAAGGCGAAGGAGGUCUUCUUGAAAGCAAAACUACCCAACGUUGUUUUAGGCUCUAUCUGGACAUUGUGUGACAGGAACAAUACGGGCAGCUUAGAUAGAGCGGAAUUUACACUAGCCAUGCAUCUAAUUCAAUUAGCGCUGGCAAAACAUCCCGCCGUAGCUACACUUCCCGCUAAUCUACCACAAUAUUUAUGGAACUCCGUUAGCCAUGGUGGAUCGGUCUCUCAUUCCGCUGACACGAAAAAUCUUUCUGCAUCGCCUUCUGGAGCGACGCCCGUUACUUCAGUUGUUAUCCCAUCUAAUUCCUUUACUAAUGCUUCAACCGACUGGGUUUUAACUCCGGAAAAGAAACAGCAAUUUGAUAAUAUUUUUGAUUCGUUGGACAAGAACAGGACUGGUGCACUAGGGGCGGACGUUUUAGUGCCCUUUUUUUUAACGUCCAAGUUGAGUCAGGAUACUUUGGCAACCGUUUGGGACUUGGCAGACAUACACAACAACCCUGUAUUUACAAAAACUGAGUUUGCAAUAGCUAUGUUUCUUAUUCAGAAGAAAAAUGCUGGUGUUGAUCUCCCAGAUGUUGUUUCAGAUCAACUGUUGAUCUCUCCAGCUUUAGGACUAUACCCAGGCAGCAUUCAACAGCAUUCAACUCAACAAAAUGUACACCCAACAGUUCCAUCUAGAGAUACAAAACCUUAUUUUGAUCAGGUUCCGCCUCCAGCAGCCAACACCUCUUCUUUGGAUGAAUUGAUGGGUUUAAAUUCGUCAUUCACGCCGCCUCCGGGACAUCACCAUGUCAAAUCUAUCUCCAACAAUAAUACAGGGAAUUCUGCUAAUAUUUCUCCAAGGCACUCUAGUAUAAACUUACCGCAAAGAUCGAGUGCCAUUGGUGGUUAUAAUGUUUCUCCGACUAUACAUCAUAGUAACUUAAUGGAGCAAAAUACCCAAAAUAUUAACCCUCAAUCAGUGGUAGAAAGCAGAAACGCCCCCUUGAAUUCACCACUAAACAUGUCGGCCCAACAGCAACUUCAAAAGCCAGCUUUCACAUCGAAUUUACCAACAGUACCUGACUUUUCCUCUGUAUCAUUACCACAACAGCGUUCCGUUACUUCUACUGAUUUGUACGCGGAUGCUGAAGCAUCGGGACAGCUUUCCGAAGCUACGACAGAUUUAGCCAACCUUUCCACCCAAGUUACCUCUUUAACAAGCCAGGCCACCAGAUUGAAUAACAAGAAAGUAGUCGCGCAGCAGGAGCUUAACCGGAUAACUGAACUGAAAGCUUCGAUAGAGUCUAAGCUAGCAUCUUUGCGUGCAUCCUACGAACAGGAGACGAAGCAAACCGAAGAAGUGGAACAGCUCUUGCUGCAAUCUAGAAAGGACACUGAUAGUCUCACACAACAGCUAAGCGUUUCAGAAGAGAACUAUCAUAGUGUUCAAUCGCAGUUAACCAGUUUACAACAACAACUCCAGGAGUACGAACAAAAUAAUUCUCAGCUAAAGGAACAAAUUGGUAAUUACAAUAGUUUAACUGCUUCUUUACAGAAAGAAUUAGCCGAAAAGCAGCAGCAAGUUAAACAACAGAAAUCUAUGGUUGAUGUAAAUACUAAACAAGCUGAAUUGAGUGAAAUAACAGCAAAUAAUCUAAAAGCUGAGAUUGAAGGUCUGGAUGAGCAGCUGGUUGUCUUCCUCAAUAAACGUAAGGAAUUAGAUGAAUAUCAAACUAACAUUGAGAAGCAACACAGUAGUCUCGAAUCUAAACAUCAGAAGUAUGUUGCCAGAUCUCAAGAGUUAGAAGCUAAAUAUCUAGAAUCCUGUCAUCGUGAGAAAGAAGUUCAGGAGCGCACCAAACAGAUUGUUGAACAAGAGCGUAUUUAUCAUCAGCAAGUUUCCAGGUUACAAGAGCUCUUUAAGGAUCUCAACAAGCAACGUGAGUCAUUUGAACUUGCGGAACAGGAUUUACAACAGCGCAGGAUGGAAUACACUCAGCAGGUACAGGAAUUGUCAGACAAACAAAUGAAAUUUGCGAUGGGUGAGUUGCCCCAGGAUUCGUGUAAGAUUUCCAAUAAUUCUGAAAAUGUCGAUCCAGUUUCCAAAUUUGUUGAGGAAACUGUCACCAAUUCGAAGUUAAAUGUGGCUGGAGCUGUAGGAGCUGCUGUGGGUCUUAGUUCCUCUAGGGUUGCUUCAUCGUUACCUCAAGAUGAAGAAGGUAAACAGGAUAGCGUGUUUGACAAAGAUUUUCCUACUUCUCCAUCUCAGACUGAAGUAGAGGAAGAAGAACAACCUGCUACAGCGGAAACCGCUGCCCAAGCAAUGGACGAAGGAGAUAUGAAUGUCUAUCGUAUGCCUAGAACGGAAUCGGUUACGUCAUCAACAGCUAACAAUGCGCCGCAGUCUUUGAGAGACGAAGUGGUAAGUGAUACCCAAGAACCAUCAGCAGAAGAUGAGACGGAACAAGCUACUCUGACAAAACAUAUAAAUGCUUCCAGUGAUGAAGAAAAUGAUGAUGCCACCCGGGAGACUGUAAAGCCUACUCCAGGUGGCUGGGAUGAUCUAGGCUUGCAAGGAGAUGAUAAGCUUACACAGCAGAGCCACUCUGCAAAACAUUCAUCUGUGAUACCUGUAGAUAACGCAUUGCCUGCUGUCAGUUCUGCAAAACAGCAAACGCCUCUAACUACAUCAAAGGAUGAGCAUGUUUCUCAAAUGACCAACCCAGUUUGGUCUAGAACUGUAACUUCUGAUACCUCAGUAGCCAGUGAGACUGCAAAUAAAGUAUCCGCAACUCAUGAGGAGGCGUUUUAUGAGGCAACAGGGUCAACGUCUCUAAAUAAGAACAAGAAUUCUAUUCCGUUUAGUGACGACGCAUUUGCUGAUCUCGAGCAAGCAUCUCCUGAGGAUGACUUUGGAAAUGGUUUAAACGGAAUGAAUUCCAUUGAAGAAUUUGAAACUAUAGAAAAUGGUGAUCUAGACGAUGAAUUACAGGAAACGGGUUUUACAGGAACUUCAACCAUAGGCACCGUUGGAGCUUCUUAUGGCCCUCCUCCAACCCAUAUUACUUCAGGCCAAGCAACGUCACCAGUUGGCAACGAUGAAUGGGAAGAGCUCUUCUCCGGUUUCGGUAACAGCACACCUGGCCUCAAAAAUCCCACUCCCCAAACAACUGUUGGUCUCGGCUCCUCGAACAUGGAAUCGCCUACUUUGAAAUCUCCAGUAAAUCGUGCAAUUGCCACCACGCCAAAAUCUAUAGCAAUAGAAGAACUUAGUAACAUGGGUUUUUCUGAAGAAGAAGCUGUUAAAGCACUAGAAAAAUGUAAGUGGGAUCUAGAAGCAGCAACUAAUUUUCUAUUGGACAAUGCCUAG